AGUAGGUUGCUGGGUCAGGACUUUGAACAAUAGAGGGGCACACAGUCUUUGUCUCUGGCCAGGUAUAAAUGUAACUUGUUCAGACAGGCAGAGUAUCAGUUCAAACACAGUUCUCUGAGAGAUCUGGGAAACCACCGCAAUCAUCAUGGGCAAGAUCAUCUUCUACGAGGACAGGAACUUCCAGGGUCGCUCCUAUGAGUGCAUGAGCGACUGCGCCGACAUGUCCUCCUACCUGAGCAGGUGCCAGUCCUGCAGGGUGGAGAGCGGCUGCUUCAUGGUCUACGACCGCCCCAACUUCAUGGGAAACCAGUACUUCAUGAGGAGGGGCGAGUACGCUGACUACAUGAGCAUGAUGGGAAUGAGCGGUGGUAUCAGGUCUUGCCGUAUGAUCCCCAUGCACAGAGGCCAGUUCAGGAUGAGAAUCUACGAGAGGGAGAACUUCGGUGGUCAGAUGCAUGAGCUGAUGGACGACUGCGACAACAUCAUGGACCGUUACCGUAUGUCCGACUGCCAGUCCUGCCAUGUGAUGGACGGCCACUGGCUGAUGUACGAGCAGCCCCACUACAGAGGCAGGAUGAUGUACCUGAGGCCCGGCGAGUACAGGAGCUUCAGGGACAUGGGCAUGAGCGGCAUGAGGUUCAUGAGCAUGAGGCGUAUCAUGGAUAUGUGCUAAUUGUACAUUCUGACUUCAAUAAAUAAUGCAACUUUCUAAA